GCUUGCUAAAUCACAAUCAAAGCUAUCAUGAGAAUCGUGUUGAUUACUUCCUUUAUUCUAGGCACAGUAUUGUCGCAGCCUGCCCCGUGCCCUCAUGGUUGGGUGAAUCGCGGGUCAUCAUGCUACGCCUUUAUUACAGAUGCCCCAGACGGAUGGACAGAAGCAGAGUUUUACUGUAACUUAAUGCAUUCGCGAUUGGUUGAAAUUGAGACAGCUGUUGAGGAUGAAUUUCUUCGAUUGCAUCUGAUAGACAGCAAGGCAACAGGAAGCUUUUGGAUUGGAUUGACUGACAUAUUGGUAGAGGGAGAGUGGGUUUGGAUGUCAACCCAGACAAUUGCUCAGUACACAAACUGGUGGCCCGGGGAACCCAAUAACCAAAACAUUGAAGACUGUGCAGUCUCAACUGGUAGUUUGUUUCAUUGGAAUGACGUAUCAUGUUCAAACAAAUACAACUUUAUUUGUGAAAAGGAGUCUCACGGAGAGGAAAAUGUCAUUGGAUGAGCCGUCGCUUGGCUAAUAAUAAACAACAAUAAACAUU